AUGUUGACUAUCGCUCUGCUUCUAUCCGUAGUCGCCGCUACCCAGGCUGGGUACGCCAGUGUGUACCCGUACUCAUACGCCUCUCCUUACAACUCCUACCUGGACUCCUACCCCGUGGUCAAGGCGGUUGCCCCCGUGGCUACCUCCUAUAGCCAUGUCUACAAAGCAGCCACCCCUAGCUACCCAGUCAUCAAGAGCUACGCCCCUGUGGCCUACCAUUCCCCCUUGGCUUACAGCGCUCCGUACAAAUCAUACCCUGUGGCAUACUCACCCUACAAGAGCUACUACGGAUCCUACGGUCACGGCCUGGACUACUACGGUGGACUGAACGAUUACGGAUACGGCCACGGACUGGGCUACGGAUACGGUAGUGGACUCGGUUACGGAUACGGUAGUGGACUCGGUUACGGAUACGGUGGAUACCUGCAUUAGUAAAUAGAAUAAUUGAAUCAAGGCUGUGUGCUGUACAACACCAAAUAAUGUAAUAAAUGAAUUUUUACAAGCA